CGCGGCAAUGGCGGCCCCCACGGCCCACGCGUCAGCCCUUCCGCCGACCGCCGCUGCCGUGAGAGUGCAAAACAGAGAUUAAGAUGGCUUGGCUGGGUUGGAUGGCUGCAUUGCUGGUGGCAGAGAGUCCCUAGGUGCUGUCAAGUGCUUUACAAGCAAGGCCAUCCUUACCGAGCUGAAUAAGCCUUGAGGAAGCAGCUUGCUGUGGACCUGAACUAAGGCAGGAAGUACAAGAACACGACACAGCAGAGCACAACAUGGGGUUUUGGAUGAAUUUUGGCUGCCUUAUAAACACUCCCCCAAACCAGCUCUCUUCUACUUCUUGAAAACUAUGGGAGUCAUAUUCAUUGUCCACAGCGGUAUUUUAAGUGGCGUCUAGAUAAAAGCUGUCAGCAGAGCUUUUUAGCUGGAUUGAGGCUACCAACUGAUAUCAAUCUUGAACCACCGUUUUAGAGGAGUGGCACCAAAAAGCCUGUUGUUAUGCUGAGUGCUUUACAGGACAAAUAACACUCCCUGCUUCCUCAGCUGCCUAAAAAUCAAGCCAUAGAUAUUGAGCUUCAAUCUGAAUACGUGCAUCUAGAGAAGAACCACUGAGAAAAAGAGCAUUACUUCUACUUCUCAUUUGACUGUGAAUUAAGCAAACUUCUUUUCUACAAGUUGCUGAGCUUUUGGUGAAGGCGGAUCAGACAUGCAAAGGCUUGGUAUUUCUGGAAAUGCUGUCAAGAGGCACAAUUUGUGCUGUUACUUCUCAGAAAUGAGAGCAAUAUUAUCGGUUACCGUUUGGUCUGCAAUAGCACUCAGAAGCUGGAGGUGCUGGUGGGGCUUGGUAGUGCCAGGGGGAGGAGAAGGAAGAGGAGAAGGAGGAAGAAAUGCCUUCCCCAAAGAACCUGCAGCCCCAGCUCCCUCACUCAGGUCUGAGGGAGGAAAAAUGCCAGCUUCUCUAAGAAAACUGCAGCAAAUGGCUGUUUUCAUGGGACUGUUCAGCGGUGGGGGAUGCAUCGUGAUGUAUAAUCUUAUGCAAAAAAGUUUUGCCAGGACCCAGUAUUACCAGCAGGCUUUGGAGCAACUGAACAGCAAUCCUGAUGCCCUGGAAGCCCUGGGUGCCCCCCCUCUUAAGGUUCACAACAUCCGACUGACAGACGGGAGUAAUCGCGUGGACACAGAAAGAGCACAGAUAAAGUUACCGGUAUCUGGAACAAAGUCAGCGGGGUACCUCUAUAUUAACUCAGAGAUGGACCACUCCCGUCAAUGCUGGUGCCUUCAGGAUGUCACCUUGAAACUGCAGGAUGGUCAGAGUAUUCCUGUUUACCACUCCCCGGUGGAAAGCAUUGGUGUGCAAGAAGGCUAAAAAGUCAAAGGCAGCUGCUUCUCCACCUCCCGUUGAGCUGAAGGAGCCAUUAAUCGAUUGCAUCCCGCUGUGUCUGUGAAUGUACACAGUUGUCACAAGUGACAAUUUCACUUAAGUGAGUGCUCUCAAGACAAUUUUCUCUCUCUGAUUGACCUCAUCAUUGUCAUAAUUGUAAUUUCUUUCUUUUGCUGGUUUAUUCAUGUGUUCAGCAGAAGCCUAAAAUAAAUAUCUUGCAAAAGA